AUGCUUUGCACGGAUUCCUUUCUCCCGAAUCACUACCAAACAGCCCCAUACGUCUCCAAUGGCUAUUUUGGCCAGACCCUGCCCUCGGAAGGUAUGGGAUACUGGGUUCAGCGAGGGGAAAAUGGUAGCUUCACAAACAACUCAUGGCCCCUUGAUCAGCCCCGAGCAACAUUUGGCACUGUGUCGGGGUUUUGGAACCUGCAGGAGAACACCACUCAUUUUGCCAGUCCAGAGAAUCUCCGUCGCGGUGGUGAGUCUGUGAUCAGCGGGAUUCCCGAUUGGACUGGGUUGCUUCUCACCACUGCGGACGGGAAUAUCUAUCGUCCAGGUGUCGAUUCAUCAACAGUGCGACGUUAUCGUCAAUGUAUGUCGGCGCAGAAUGGGAUUGUGCAAACCAAUGUUACUUGGCAACCGCCGAGUAAUACAGCUUUCCACUUGAAUUACACGAUUCUUGCGCAUCGCACCAGAGCUACGCUCGGUCUAGUACGUCUAGAUAUCGCCGUGCAUGAUGACACCACCGUGCAGGUUACCGAUCUUCUGGAUGGAGCAGGCGCAGUCCGCUCUGAGUUUGAGUCGAAGGGUUUUGAUAGAGGUGACUCGAUCUGGACAAGUGUCAAGCCAUACGGAAUUUCCAACGUGACCGCUCACAUAUUUUCUACCAUUCGAUUCGACGGGGUAAAUCCUGACCCAAUAUCGACAAAGAUAGGAAAUCCUCCUCGGGUUUCGACGAACGCUAGCACGAUCGCGCAGCAAUGGAAAGUAGACCUCAAGCGGGGAGACCAGGUCACUAUCUACAAAUUCGUCGGGAUCGCUUCAUCCGACGCGUUUGGGCAAAGUGCAAGUUUGAUAGCAAGGUCUUCUGCUCUCCAGGCGAGAAGCAUCCCAUGGAACCUAUUACUGCGAGAGCACACCAACGCCUGGGAUCAAACAUGGAAUGACAGUGACAUUAUCAUCCCCGAGAAUGUGGAGCUACAGCGGGCCGCGCGGGCAUCGCUGUUCCAGAUUCUUACGAAUCUGCCCAAUACGAUAGAGCUGGCGAACUCUAUUCAUGUCGGAGGAUUGACUAGUGAUUCUUAUGCCGGUUUAGUCUUUUGGGAUGCUGAUACCUGGAUCUAUCCAGCCAUACAAGCUCUCCACCCUCAGAGUGCCGUCACAAUCCUGAAGUAUCGGUCACGGCUACUCGGCCAGGCAAUUGACAAUGCUAAAUUGUACGGCUACGCUGGUGCAUUAUAUCCGUGGACGAGUGGCAGGUUUGGAAACUGUACAGGAACUGGAAUGUGUAAAGACUAUCAGUAUCAUUUGAAUACCGAUAUUGCUCAGUCCCUGUGGAAUUAUUUUCUACAGUCAAACAAUCUAACAUGGCUGGCCGAGACGGCGUAUCCUGUGAUCAAAGGCGUUGCAGACAUGUUCGCAGCAUACGUGAAGAAGAAUCAAACAACUGGAAAAUACGAGACUAUUCUGCUUGGUGAACCAGACGAAUUUGCCUACUUCAAAGACAACGGGGCGUUUACCAAUGCGGGAAUUGCCCAACUUCUAGGCGAAUGGGCUCCCACAGCAGCUCGUUUACUAAACCAAUCAGUUCCCAAGAACUGGAGUCAGAUCGUACAAAACAUCGAGAUGCCUCUCAACGAUCAAAAAGAUAUCACUCUGGGGUUUACGGGAAUGCCAGGUGACUGGGUUGUGAAGCAGGCUAGCUAUUCCGCAACAACUACACCGGGCGGUCCAGCCAUGACGUGGUCCGUGUUUGCCAUUUCUGAAGCCCAAAUCGAAACCCAGGGCUGUGCUGCAUACACGUAUCUCCUGCGCAGCUACGAACCAUACAUCCGCAAACCAUUCUACCAAUUCAGUGAAACAGCACUGGAUAGUAUGUCUGAAGACAAUCCUGCCUUUCCGUUCGGCUUUAAUCCAGCAUUUCCAUUCCUCACCGGAGCUGGUGGCUUUCUUCAAAUAUUUACGCAUGGUCUGACAGGCAUGCGACUGCAUUCUGAAUACCUGCAUUUCGACCCUGUUUUGCCUCCUCAACUCCCACAUGGAGUGGUAGUGAAGGGCUUGAAAUGGCGGGGCGCAACUUUGGAUGUCACCAUAAGUUUGAAUGAUAGCGUGAUCAGCAGGAGAUUGUCAGCAGAAGAUUCAAAUGAGCGAGUAUUGAUCCAAAUUGGCAAGUCUGAUCAGACAUUGGAAUUAUUACCGGGUCAAUCAAUCACACUUCCCACCAGAAGGCCGGACCUCAAAUCCAAGAAUCUUGCAGCGUGUACAUCGGUUUCAUCUACGUCGGAAUUUGUCUCUCAGAUGUACCCGUUGUCCAUGGUGGACGGCUCCAACUCGACAUAUUGGCAGCCAACAGAUACGGUCGCAUCAGUGAUUAUCGACCUUGGUCAGCCACAAAAUGUCUCCGGUGUAAAUCUCAUCUGGGGACCCAACCCCCCUCGAUCAUUCGACUUGGGAAUAAAGGUCAUUGAAAAUAAUGACUUUAUUCGCCUUUCAACUGAUGGGGCGGUCUCUAUUUCUUCACCUUACAGGCCCAAGGAAGCUGAACUGGUUCGAAUUCGACAGCCGAACAUUACAAUCAAUCGAUUUGAAAAUGUUUAUCCGGUGAGAUAUAUCAACCUAACUGUCAAAGGGUCAUGGGCAGCAGGUCAAAGUGCAACUGUGGCUGAAUUGGAUGUAUUUUAA